AUGGAUCUAUCUUCUCAACGACAAUCCCCAAAUGGGUCGAGGGGUUUUCGUCUUCAAGCUCCAUUGGUGGAUUCUGUAUCUUGCUACUGCAGAGUAGAUUCAGGUCUCAAGACUGUUGUAGAAGCAAGGAAGUUUGUCCCUGGAUCAAAGCUUUGCAUUCAACCCGAUAUCAAUCCAAAUGCGCAUAGGCGCAAGAACUCGAAGAGGGAGAGAACAAGAAUCCAGCCGCCGCUGAUCCCUGGCCUCCCUGACGACCUAGCCGUCGCUUGCCUCAUCCGUGUCCCGCGCGCAGAGCAUAGAAAGCUCAGGCUAGUGUGUAAGAGAUGGUACAGGCUCGCCUCUGGAAACUUUUUUUACUCUCAAAGGAAGCUACUUGGGAUGUCUGAGGAAUGGGUUUAUGUUUUCAAGAGAGAUCGUGAUGGGAAGAUCUCUUGGAACACAUUCGAUCCAAUCUCCCAGGUUUGGCAGCCGCUCCCACCAGUUCCAAGAGAGUAUUCAGAGGCUGUUGGGUUUGGUUGCGCCGUGUUAAGCGGUUGUCAUCUUUAUCUGUUUGGAGGUAAAGAUCCACUAAGAGGGUCCAUGAGAAGAGUCAUUUUCUACAAUGCCAGGACGAAUAAGUGGCACAGGGCACCGGAUAUGCUUAGGAAGCGACAUUUCUUCGGCUGUUGCGUCAUAAACAACUGCUUGUAUGUAGCUGGUGGGGAGUGCGAAGGGAUUCAGAGGACACUCCGGUCUGCUGAGGUUUAUGAUCCAAACAAGAACAGGUGGAGUUUUAUUGCUGAUAUGAGCACUGCAAUGGUGCCUCUCAUCGGUGUGGUUUACGACAAAAAGUGGUUUCUCAAGGGUCUUGGGUCUCACCAACAGGUCAUGAGUGAAGCUUAUCACCCGGAAACUAAUUCGUGGAGCCCGGUGAGUGACGGGAUGGUUACUGGCUGGCGAAACCCUUGCACUUCUCUGAACGGGCGGCUUUACGGAUUGGAUUGUAGAGACGGGUGCAAGCUCAGGGUAUUUGAUGAAUCCACGGAUUCAUGGAACAAAUUCAUGGACAGUAAGGCUCAUUUGGGAAACUCAAAGCCGCUCGAAGCUGCGGCGCUUGUUCCGCUGAACAACAAGCUUUGUAUCAUCCGGAACAACAUGAGCAUGAGUCUUGUCGAUGUCUCGAGUCCUGAUAAGAACAACCCGCGGCUGUGGGAAAACAUUGCCGUAAAGGGACAGUCCAAGAGCAUUCUCAGCAAUAUAUGGUCGAGUAUCGCCGGGAGAGCUGUGAAGAGCCACAUUGUGCAUUGCCAAGUGCUUCAAGCCUGA